AUGCAGACAAGUUUCCUGUCGCCGGCGCUUUUACCCUUCAUCCGACACGAAGAAAAAGCCAAGGAAGAUAUUGACGUGGUGGCGCACUGGCGUUCCGGCUCACGCUUUUGCGUGGCUUCUCCGCGGCAGCAACGAGAGGAGAAGCAGCUGGAGGCGUCGCUGGAGUCGCUGAUUACGCAAGUGGCGCACGUCAAGAACGCCCUUCACUCUUUCAUCUUCAAGCUGGAGAACGAGUACGAGCGACUCACGUGGCCGUCAGUGCUGGAUAACUUCGCGCUGCUGUCGGGUCAACUGAACACCAUCAACAAGCUGCUGAAGAACGACAAAACGCCGUGGUUGCGCAACCAGCUGAUCAUCCCGCUCCUGCUGUCGCAAGACCGCGACGAGGAGUUGGCGAAAAUGACAGAGCAGCGCGUUCCCGUGUUCGGCCACGAGAUGGUCCCCGACUACCUGCGCACCAAACCCGACCCGGACGUGGAGGAGCAGGAGAAGCAACUCAGCGCGGAGGCCGCCCGGGUCACGCCUGAAGUGGCGCAGAAGCAGAUCCAGACUUUGAACAAAUUGUGUUCCGGCCUACUGGAGAAGCUGAGUAACCCGAGAGACGAGCGAGACGCCGAAGGCGCGGGGUCGCGUCAGAGCAAAGCGUGGUUCAACCCGGCCGAUACCGCCGCCCUGGUGGGAGCGGUGGCGUUCGGCAAAGGUCUGUCCAAGUGUCGGCCGCCCGGCCCCGCCUCGGCGUCGCCCGCCGGCGUCCCCGCGGGCGGCGGCCCCACGUUGCAGCAGGUCACCAUCGGGGGACAGACGGGGGCGCCCUCCCAGCAGCCGGGACAGCCAGGCAAGAUGCCGGGCAUCAAGACCAACAUCAAAUCGGCGUCGGCCGCCAUGCACCCGUACGGCAGAUGA